AUCCUCAGGACUCCUUUCUUUUCAAACUACCACGACCCUAUGCAUACAGUCUCUACACGUUGAUUCUUAUGUGCUUUUUCAUGAAUCAUGUCGAAGAAGCGCAAGGAAGUUUCUCAAUCUACUACCCUGCUUGACUUCUUUGGAAAGGGUGGUCCUGUUACGAACAAGAAACCAAAGACGCAGAUUCCGAGACAGAACUGUUCCAAGAACGUUCCGGUCAAACGAGAACACUUUUCUGUCGCUCCUGAAGAUAUCAUUGUUAUUGACUCCGACGACGAAAACGAGAACGACGUCCCAGAUGCCUCUAGUGACGUGGAGUUGGUAGAUUGUCCUCCAACCACAGCGCAUAGCAGACCUCUGUCGCCUCAUUCAACGAAUAGUCGGCAGGAUGCACCUCAUGGUCGCCGUUUUGUACGGACUGAGCCCAAUCAAUUUCAGCCUGCGGAGGUUUCGAAUGAAUCAUUCGGCGAGCCUUCCUUACUCUCAACGAGUCGCAACCGCGCCACAUCGUUCGAAUACAGCGGCGCGUUUGGUACACCUACUCUGUUACUACCUCAAGAACCAUCUUCACUAGGGAACAACGAUAUCAGAAACAAUGAGUCUCUUUCUGAAGAGCAGACAAACGUUGCGAUGGAUUGCCCAUCUUCUUUCACGCCUGCAAAGCGCGAUGUGCCACGCGAACAGGCCACGGCCAUGGGGACGCCCAGCUAUGAGAUCCCGGAUUUCAAUGUUAACAACCAGAAAGGACCAGACGUGAUUGACAUCUCUGACGAUGAGUGGGGAACAGGCGAUGACGAGACGGCUCUCGUCGAAACCGAACUAGAUCCAGGCACAGACAUCCCGUAUGGUCAGGCCGACAUCGAUUUGACUUUGGAUGAGGACGUCGAAGACCAAAACGUUGAGGACAGUUCAUGUCCAAUAUGCGGGUUUAUCUUUGACGAAAUCUCCACUGAGGAUAUCCAAGCACAUGUCAAUACUUGUCUUGAUGGUGAUCCAGGACCUUCACGUCUCAAAGGAAGUACACCGUCCGGACCCUUACGCACACUUUCGUCCCUACGUACGCGGAGCCUGGAAGCUAUGGCAUCUCUGCGCGCUAGCGUCGACAUAGAUCUCUGUGAAGAGACCGAAGAUGUCAAACCCGGUGGUUCGAAUGCUUUUUCGGUCAUCAUGAACGGCUACAAAGAGAAUGAAGCUUGGAAAGAAGCAUCUGUCGCUGAGGAUCCCAACUUCCGGCCUGUAAAGGGCAACGGCGGACGACGGAAGGCUCCUUUCUACAAGGUCAUGACUGGCAUGCCGAUCGCUGUCGAUGCCUUUCGUUAUGGAACAAUUCCUGGUAUCACUGCUUACUUCUUGACUCACGCACACUCCGAUCACUACACCAAUCUAUCCGCAAACUGGAAGAGUGGGCCAAUAUACUGCUCAGAGGGGACAGCAAACUUGAUUAAGCAUAUGCUCGGUGUAGACCCCCAAUGGGUCCACCCACUGCCCAUGGAUGUGCCUACAAUCAUUCCCAACACGGGUGGGGUACAAGUGACGCUUAUAGAAGCCAAUCAUUGUCCUGGAUCCUGUCUAUUUCUAUUUGAAGGGAAACAAACGGUCAACGCUGGCGAUAGCGCGUACAAGUCUCACUUCGUGGGGUCCUCAAGGGUGUUCAGGUAUCUGCAUUGUGGCGACUUCAGGGCAUCACCUCAACACGUCUUGCAUCCUGCGGUCAAAGGAAAGAGAUUAGAUCAUGUGUAUCUGGAUACGACAUACCUUGACCCUCGAUACUGCUUCCCGCCGCAGCCUCAAGUUAUCUCUGCAUGUGCUGAACUGGCAAGACGAUUAGUCACGGGUAGCCCUGUGUCCAACGCCAGCAACGGUAAGAUCCGGAACAUGACAGGCUGGUUUGUGAAGAAAGAGGAAACCAACAGUACGGGUGUGCCGCCGUCGCAGGGCAAAACAUUGGUAGUCGUAGGAACAUAUUCUAUCGGGAAGGAACGCAUCGUAAAAGCGAUCGCAAAAACAUUGCAGACGAAGGUGUACUGUGACUCUCGAAAGACAGCAAUCCUACGCUGUCAAUCCGACCCCGAGUUGCAUGACCUUCUGACGACCGAUCCAAUCGAAGCCGGGGUGCAUUUGGUACCUCUGGGUGUCAUAGCCUCUGACAAGCUGAAACUAUACGUUGAACGUUGGAAGGGGCACUUCACCAAAGCUGUUGGGUUUAGGCCAACUGGUUGGACGUAUUCUCAGCCAAACGGCAGCGAAGCCCUGCCUUCCGUCGCCACGGUCAUAUCCCGCUCGCAGCAACGAACUUUCACGUAUGCUAACCUCAAUCCGAUGAAGAACUCUACGGCAGCGCUUCAGGUGUAUGGCGUACCGUACUCAGAGCAUAGCUCUUUCUUUGAACUAACUUGCUUCGCUUUAUCUCUUGAUUGGGGUCGGAUGAUUGCUACCGUGAAUGUAGGGAGUGAAUUAUCUAGAGGAAAAAUGGCUAAAUGGGUGGAGAAGUGGGAGACUGAGAAGAAGAAGAGAGGGAAGGUAGAAGUUAUUUCGUAUCGACAGCCGGACUAUUGGUAGGGACAUUGAAUACACAUUUACUUUCACAACCUCCUACUUUGUGUCCCUUUUGUUAAGAUUCCGUUAAGGACUGUGCGCAGAUCGGCCGAAAAAAAGAAAACGGAGGGGUGGUCCGUGCGCAAGAUUUCAGGUAUAUAAGCAAAGUGGGCACAUCCAGCAAUCUUCAUACUUACCUUGAUGGCACUUGCCCCUUCACGUCCCGGGUUGGUGGGCCGUGGGAUCACUCCAUAGCACGGCGACCUUGUCCUCAGAGGGAGCCUGCGGUUUGUAUGGGCUCCGGCUCAUGCACCGUCUCAAUAUUUCCCUGUCCUGCUUCGGCCCUCGGGCUGAGCAGGCCAUUAUUUUUUGCUCCUUAUUUGCUCUAACCCUAACCCUAGUGCAAUACAAACAAUAUAUCUCCUUUGACGUCUUUCCACUUUUACUAGGUUAUCAGUUUCUUUCGAUACUUACCUUGAUCGUUAAGUUGAAGAGUCAACCAUGUUUUAAAGUUAACAGCAAUAAUAUCAAUCUUUACUG